AUGAGGAGCACCGGAAAGCCCGAGUCAGCCAAAGGCAUGCAGCGCGCUCGCAGCAUCGCAGCGUCGCGCUCAAUGGAGGAGGAGCACAACGGACGGGAGCACAACAGACCGGAGACAACGGACGGGAGCGCAACGGACGGGAGCACAACAGACCGGAGACAACGGACGGGAGCGCAACGGACGGGAGCACAACGGCUGGAGGAACGUUUCGUCGAGGGGAGGCCGCUGGAGCUUUCACCGUUUUCUCCCUCUCCUUCCUUUCUAGGUCAUGGCGGAGGAGCAGAAGAACGGCACGGCACGGCACUGCUCUGCACGGCACGGCUCGGCACGGCACGGCUGAAGGGUGAGAGUUGGUUAGAGAAGCCUGGACUGGCACCCACAGCUGCUAAUCCUUCCCCGCCGAGCCUCUACUGGUUUGGACCUAACCGGCACCAGCCUGCGCUAAACGCAUUCACUAGGAUUCGAACCCCUGACCGGAGGUUCACUUUAAGCUGUCCCGCUAAUUCGUUCGCCAGAGCAGCGGAGGUUCCCGAGGCGGAAAGCGCGAACGUGCGACUCGAUCCGAGCUUUGAUGGCAAGCCAGUGCUGGCGGUUGAGACCGAGGCUCGUCUCCUCCAGUCCCUCACUCCCCCUGACACCCCCUCCGUUGCCGUCCGGAUUCUCCGCCAGGCCCCCUCUCUCGUCCACCUAAGCUCUCAGAAUAUCUUAGCUAAGUUCCAGUACUUAGAGGAAUUGGUGGGGAAGAAGGCAGCAGCGAGUGGGGUGCAAAGCCAUCCGAUGGUUCUUCUUCUAUCUGUAGAGAACAUGCAACGCAAGGUGGCUUUUUUGGGCGAUUUGAUUGGCCAAGAGAACGCUGUGCUUGCAGUGGCACGGUUUCCUUUGCUGCUGGCUUCUAAUGAGGAGAACCUGAAGAAGGUUUUUAGAGAACUCGUGCGAGAAGUGGAAGAGGCAAUGGAGGAGAGUGGGCGAGAGGAGAGUGGGAGGCGCUUGCUUGAGGAAGAUGUUAGGAAGCUUGUGCGUGAGGUGGGAGAGGCAUUGGAGGGUGGUGAAGGUGAUGGGUUUGCAAGAGAAAGCCCGACUUCUGAAGCGCGUCAAAAGGGUGCAAGAAAACGUGCGGAGCAAGGGGGGACUGAUGCUGGUUGUCAAUCAGGGAUCAAGGCCUGGGCUGAAGAGGCAGAAGAACGACCAGGUUCUAAGAGCAUUGCUGCCACAACAACAGCUCGUGAGCUCGUGGUGAAGCUGGUGGUUGUGUUCCCAAAUUCUAUCUGCUACAGUUGGGAGAGGAACACGAGGCACAAGGUGGAGUAUUUAAAGCGGGACAUGGGGCUGUCUGUAAAGGAGCUGUUUGCGUUUCCUCACUUCCUUGGGUACAGCUUGGAGCGGCGAAUCAGACCGCGACAUGUGGCACUUGUCAGCAAUGGCUGUGUGUUGGUGCCACAUGAGGUAGCACUUCCAGUAAAGGGUGGAGAGAGGGAAGGGCACUCGGAAAGAGUUGGUAGUGAGAUGAGGCCAGAAGAGAAAGAAGUGGAGGAUGGGGAGGAUGCGGGUAAUAAAGAUGAAUGUGGAUUGGGGAAUCAUGAGUAUGGAGCUGGAUUGGAUUCUACCCAAGACAGCUACCUAUGCUGUGUUGGGGAAAAAGGCGGCUGUGAGGCAGAGAGGUGUGAUUUGGCAGCAGGGAAGGAAGGCAGUGUGCUUGGUUCAGUUCCUUAUAGGUUCCGACGAGCAAUUUGA